GGACUUUUCUAGCUGUUCAUACUUAAGGACACGCGUGUACGAAAUGUGUUUAAAAGCGCGCAACUUAUCCCACGCGUAUAUUAGCUGCUUGUUUAUAAAUGUCAAUAUAUAAUGACACUAUUCACUUGGUCAUACUGUCCUUGCUCCGUGUCUGGUAUGUUAGGGGAUUUUAAAGUCCAUACAGGACAAGGGGGGCUUGUUGCAUGAAGCGGCAAACCGAAAGUAAAAUGUUGCAUUACAAGACCAAGCUACUGAAAGCAAGUUAAAUGAAAGACUUUCUUAUGGAGCUAAACUCUGAUGGUUAACAAGACAACGUAAUGAGUGGGAAAGCCUGGAUGUUCACAUUGUUCACAACAGCUUUACUCAUCACAAGUCAUGUUCAUUAUGCUCAGUCUGAAUGUUAUCCAGGUGAUUUAGUGUCUCACUUGUAUGAAGAAUUGUUGGAAGAUCACUGGUUUCAAAUUAAGAAAUUCUCUGACUCAAAGGUGCCCCAACUUCUUUCAGUAAUAAACACGCUGUGUUCAACUUGGAUUAAAAACAGAAAUCUGACAGAUACAUUCAAGGUUGUUAAAACUUUUAAAGGAAUGUUAGAAGCGUUAUUUAAACCAGAAAAUGUUUCACAAACACUCUGUGAGAAAUACAUCUGUACUGAUGGAUAUACAUUCCAAUAUGUGAACAAAUCUGAUUUUGGAUUGAUGUAUAACAAAAAUUGCAAAGAAUCGGUAAAAGGUCUAACAUGUCCAUCCAAAAGCAUGCCACCUUCAGCAUCAGCUACAACCUCCACUGUCUUUACAAGCACACCAACUUCAACAUCAACUAACAGUACAACAUCCAAUGUCUCUACAAGCACACCACCUUCAACAUCAGCUAACAGUACAACAUCCACUGUCUCUACAAGCACACCAACUUCAACAUCAGCUAACAGUACAACAUCCAAUGUCUCUUCAAGCACACCACCUUCAACAUCAGCUAACAGUACAACAUCCAAUGUCUCUACAAGCACACCAACUUCAACAUCAGCUAAUAGUACAACAUCCACUGUCCCUACAAGCACACCACCUUCAACAUCAGCUAACAGUACAGCAUCCACUGUCUCUACAAGCACACCACCUUCAACAUCAGCUAACAUGACAACAUCCACUGUCCCUACAAGCACACCACCUUCAACAUCAGCUAACAGUACAACAUCCAAUGUCUCUACAAGCACGCCACCUUCAACAUCAGCUAACAGUACAACAUCCAAUGUCUCUACAAGCACACCACCUUCAACAUCAGCUAACAGUACAACAUCCAAUGUCUCUACAAGCAUGCCACCUUCAACAUCAGCUAACAGUACAACAUCCAAUGUCUCUACAAGCACACCUCCUUCAACAUCAGCUAACAGUACAACAUCCACUGACUCUACAAGCACACCACCUUCAACAUCAGCUAACAGUACAACAUCCAAUGUCUCUACAAAUUUGUCAGCCAUGGCAUCGGCGGCUACUGUUACUCCGUCUCAAAGAGUUCAGGAACCGCCCGCAACAAUGCGUAUUACCAUCGGGUUCCUUGGUGUCACUUUACUGCUGAGCCUUAUAUUUUAUUUAGUUUGCAAGCAGUAUAAAAAACAGGGGCCAAGCGUGGGGGGAAAAUCUGAGAGUUUUGAUGAAAUCCAGGAGGCAAUGGUUUUGAGUUCUGUGAUUUCUAAUGAAAACAAGGAGCAAAGGCUGAGUCCAGGUUCUGAGUAUUCUAAUGAAAACCGGAAGCCAAUGGUGAGGCAGAGUUUUGAGAAUUCUAAGGAUUCUGUUGUGUAAAUGGGAACUUGACUAAUUCCUUUGCCAGUGUUUGGAAACAAUGAAUCUGGGCUGGUUACCUACUUUUUUGCUCCAAGAGUCAUAGCCUGUCACCUCACCUCUGUAUGAAACAGACUUUGACAUUUUCUCCAGGCUCAACAUUACUCCACUUAUGAUAAUACAUACUGUAUAAUCCUAUGCAUGGCCCGGUGAUAUCUUUAAAAAAAAGGGAAGUUUACACAAUCAUUAACGUGGAUUCUGCAUACUAACAAGAACAAAGAUGUUCAUAAGACUUUCCAUUUUCAUUCUGUGUCUGUGUUCUUCUGUAGCAGUGAUGUUUCUCCUAAAUUUUGUGAAAACACAUCUGUUAUCUUUAAUCAAUUAAUGCAUUGUUGACUAUUCACUUUAUAUUGUGAUAAGCUUGCAUUGAAAGACAUAGCUUAAAAUAGGAUUGUACCAAUGAGGUGUACCAAAGUAUUGCCAAAUGGUUGAGCUGGGGUUUCUUUAGAAAGGAAGAGAGAGGGAAAGUGUUUUUCUAACAGAAAAUUAGUUAAAAUAAAACUAAUUUUGUUAAAAUAAAGCUAAUAUAUACUGCCUUUUCAGCAGUUUUUUUGUAUUUUAUACAUUAUCAUGAUAUAUGUUUAUAUUUUGAUGCAUUUUAUUUUUGUGUAAGGGAACUUAGAACAUAUAUUUGCAAGUAUUCUGGGUAUCUCAGAAUAAUAUAUAUAUUAUUUGUUUUAUGGGCUUAUGUGUAAAUACUGUGGACAUUGUACGUGAUAUUACACUGUUUUGCUGCAAACUGCACCACCUUAUAAAGAAGUGUGAUUAUGUUUAUCUAUAUAAAAUGGCAUUAAGCAAGUUCUUAAUAAAAAAUUAAAUUACUUUUUAA